AAAGUAAUUUAAGAUUAAAGGACCCAUUCCUGACAUUAUAUAAAAUGUCAUCACAAAUAGCAACAGUUACACCAACACGAUUGGAUCCUGCACUUUGUAACAGUGAAAAGAUACAGGUACCAAAGUUUGAAAUAACUAUUGACGAUGUAUCGGAGAAGCUUGAACCACGUGAUUUAUUCUGUCAGAUGGACGCGCUGCGUCACUACAACGACGACUUUGUCUGGAAGGAAGUACGAAGAUGGGUGAAAUUUGAAGAAGAAAUAGAAGAGAAAGGAAAAAGAUGGUCAAAACCCCACGUGUCAUCGAUCUGUAUGCAGUAUCUAACAGAGCUACAUCAAAUUGUGGUUUCUAAUCCGUGUUUACUAGAUCUAGAGGCUACAUCCAUGUUCGAUAUAGUCGAUACAUUAUUGGAGCAAUGGCGAUUAAAUGGAACUUUAAAUAGUCUGCUAUGGAAUCAUGUUAAAGCUGUUCUGCUUAAAAGACACAAACAUCAGCAUGUCGGCAGACGACAAAUAAAGCGCCACCAAAGUAGAGCCAAUAAUCUGUUUCAAGGGGCGUUCCUCAGUGACGAAGAGGAUGCGCCGUCAUCACCAGAAACAAGAAGUAGAAUGAAUGGAGGAUACCAGCCUAGCUCACAAAGCCUAUCUGAGAUGGCCAACGGAAUUGAAAAUGGUGAUGUUAAAGCAAGCAAUCCUAAUUUACUAUCAUUCGGUGGAGAGACAAAUAGAAAGUUCAAAAGAAAGAUUCCAGACGGAGCUGAGGUUAUGAAUAUAAUGGUUGGCGAGGUGGAGGAACUCACUGACAACUUGUGUGCUUUUGUGCGUCUUCGCGAAGCAAAAGACCUAGGAAAAAUAACGGAAGUCGACUUGCCAACUCGUUUCCUGUUCAUACUACUGGUUCCUAAAGCUCAUUUAGAACCAGCAAUAGAAGCUGGUCGAUGUAUGGGAGCGCUGAUGACAGAUGAGAUUUUCCGGGAAAUUGCCUACAUUGCUGAGGAUAAAACUGAUAUUCUCUCAGGAUUGCAGGAGUUCAUCAGUCAAACGAUUGUGCUGCCCCCUGGAUCAUGGGACCCUAGCAUCAGAAUAGAACCACCAGCUGAAAUCCCCACAAAGGAAUCGAGAAAACCUCCAGUGUAUACCACUAUUGUUGUUAAUAAAAAUGAGGAUGACAGUCAUGAUGACCCGACAUUAGAAAGAACAGGAAGAGUAUUUGGUGGCCUUAUUGCUGACAUAAAACGAAAACUUCCGCAUUACAAAAGUGAUUUUACUGACUCAUUGCAUAUACAGUGUGUGGCAUCAUUCAUUUAUCUCUUCUUAGCCACAUUAACCCCUAAUGUGACCUUUGGUGGAUUGCUGUCGACUGCAACAGAAGGAUAUAUGGGAACAAUUGAGUGUAUUCUGGCAGCAUCGAUAACAGGAGUUAUAUUCGCAUUAUUUGCUGGACAACCAUUAAAUAUUCUAGGAAGCACGGGACCCAUGCUUGUAUUGGAGAUGAUAUUGUUUAAAUUUUGCAAAGAUCAAGAUUGGGAUUUUAUGCCUAUACGUGUAUGGGUAGGCUUGUGGACUGCACUUUUAAUCCUUAUCAUUGUUGCGUUUGAUCUAAGCUCGUUGGUUCGAUACAUAACAAGAUUUACCGAAGAAUGUUUUGCUUGUCUCAUUGCACUCAUAUUUAUAUACCAAGCCUUUAAACAAUUAUAUAAAAUCGGAAUAAAAUAUCCAGUUCAAAGAUGGACAACUGACAGUGGAUGUUUUUGUAUCAUAAACAAUUUUACCAUUCCGCCAAAACCGGAAGAAGGUUUAUUGGUUCGUCAUGUCAGAUCAGCUUCUCUCAGUCUUUCCUCAAAUGAAGAUAUAUUAACUCGCUCACCAAAUAACGAUAUGCCUUUACAUCAGUUUAUUGCACCUUCAAAUUGUACACUUUAUGGUGGGAUUUUAACUGGAUCCGGAUGUGAUAGUUCUCAGUCCCCUGAUGUUUUAUUUAUGUCCAUUGUAUUAUUCUUUGGAACAUUUAUAAUUGCAAGACUACUGGUGUCUUUCAAAAAAACACGUUAUUUUUCUACGAUGAUACGACAAAUAGUGAGUGACUUUAGUGUUCUGAUUGCCAUAGUAGUGAUGGUGGGAUUUGACGCAUGGUUUGGUGUAGCAACACCUAAAUUGAACGUCCCCUCAGUAUUCAAGCCUACAAAGCCCGGAAGAGGAUGGUUGAUCAACCCUAUCAGUGAUAAGAACCCCUGGUGGUUAAUCUUAGUCGCAGUAGUUCCCGCCCUUCUGACAACAAUCUUGAUCUUUAUGGAUCAACAGAUUACAUCUGUGAUUGUCAAUAGAAAAGAAAAUAAGCUCAAGAAAGGCGGUGGAUACCAUUUGGACAUGCUUGUAGUAGCAGUACUUAUUGUAGUGUUAUCAUUUCUUGGGUUACCAUGGUACGUAGCAGCAACAGUCUCGGCCAUGGCCCACGUGAUGAGUUUAAGGAAGGAAUCCGAAUGUACAGCCCCUGGGGAGAAACCAACCUUCCUAGGAGUCAGAGAGCAGCGGGUAACAGCCCUUCUGGUUGGUGUGUUUAGUGGAUUUGCAGUAUUGAUUACAUCAAUAUUACAGGUUAUUCCGAUGCCAGUGCUCUACGGCGUAUUUUUGUACAUGGGAGUGGCUUCACUCACAGGAAUGCAGCUAAAAGAUAGAUUUUUUCUCUUGAUAACGCCACAGAAAUAUCAACCGGACUAUAAAUAUCUCCGUCAUGUUCCGCUCCAGAAAGUUCAUAUAUUUACCGGUAUACAGAUUGGAUGUUUAGCUAUUCUCUGGAUUGUUAAAAGUGUCAAUGUAAUAUCAAUAGGAUUUCCCAUAAUGGUACUUGGAACAUGUUUUAUUCGGAAAGGUCUGGAACUGAUUUUUACUGAUCAUGAUUUGAAGUGGCUGGACGACCUGCUUCCUGGUAAACAAUUGUUCCGAAAACACAGUGAAAAGCUUGAAAACUGCUGGAGAAGGAUACAAUGUUUCGUACCGAAAAUACGAAAGCCUUCCAAAUACAUAAAGAAAAAGACAAGUCGAUCAAAGUCGAUGCCAAUUUAUACCUCCCAGCAACCAGUUAUAAUGGAAACAAGUUUCCCGCCACCAAUACCAUAUCUGCAACGAACAAUAUCCCAGGAAUCAGUACACUCAGCGAGGAACCAGGACAUAUUUGAAAAAAGAGCAACCCGAAAAUUGUCGUUGCUAUCGUUACCAACAAACUUCAAUUAUUUAGAAGAACUCGAAAAGACUGGUCACGAUCUAAAUGCCAAUAGAAAGGGAUCUUCUCGUUCUAUAAAUAUAUACAAGUGAGAAUAUACGCGAGUUGUGUAUUCAAAAGUAUUGAAACUGUUUUGAACAACGUAACUAAAAUAAUGUAAAUAUCUAUCAAUAAGAACAGUUCAACGUUUUGUGUGAAGUUGGCGUAAACGGAAUUCGAGUUUGACUGUGUCCAUGUCAAGUGAUGUUUACGCACUGUUGGGUAUUAUGGCCAAAUGUAAUUCAGGGUUUUGAUGUUUAAGACCUAUAACGCAUUUAACAUUCCCUAGACAUAAUUUAUUUUUAGGAAUAUGUAGUUUUUCUUCGAAUGCAUUUUUAAAAGCUAGAAUUGUUAUAGUUGUGCAAGGUAGCGCGAAAAUAUACCCGGAACUUACGGAUUUGUCUUGAAUAGUUGACUUUUACGAUUUUAUUUAUAUCGUCCAAUGAGAAUCUAGUAUUUGUAAAUAUGUAAUUUAAUAUGGAAUUGUGCAAUUUCAUUUAUUUAUAAAAGAAUCAGUGCUGAA